UAGUGAUCACUAAUAGUUUGUCGAUCGACUUGCCUUUCAGGCUGCUUUAUUGACGUGGGCUCGCAUUCCUUGUGUGUGUGGCUUGGAUUGCCCGCGUUUCCCAUGGUUUUGUUGUAGCACGUGCACUGGGAGCUUGGAAAAGGUCGUGGGAACGCGGGAUUAAAGAGGUGAAGGGAUUAUUUCCUUGCUCUUUGUGAGGCCCCUCUGGUGGAUUGGCUGACUUCCGUUGUCAGUGCUCACCACGCCAUGAAUGAAGUCCCUGAUUGGGUUCGCAAAACCCACUGCUUCUGCAUUGAUUAGCGACCUAAAGAAGGGUAUCCCGAGGCCUACAGCCAGCACUUGAUAGCCUGAUCUUCUGCCCAGCAUCUGGGGAGGCUCCUGUAAGCUACCCAGCCCUUGUGCCACAGCGUCAUUGGGGCCCCUCAACCCAGUGCCCAGAUGAAAUGCAUCGUGAUUCCUGUCCAUUGGACUGUAAGGUUUAUGUAGGUAACCUCGGAAACAAUGGCAACAAAACCGAAUUGGAACGAGCUUUUGGGUAUUAUGGCCCACUCCGAAGUGUGUGGGUUGCUAGAAACCCUCCCGGCUUUGCUUUUGUUGAAUUUGAAGAUCCUCGGGAUGCAGCCGAUGCUGUUCGAGAGCUGGAUGGAAGAACACUGUGUGGCUGCCGAGUGAGAGUAGAGCUGUCAAAUGGUGAAAAAAGAAGUCGGAAUCGCGGCCCACCUCCCUCUUGGGGUCGUCGUUCUCGCGAUGAUUAUUGGAGAAGGAGUCCUCCACCUCGCCGCAGAUCUCCUAGGAGGAGAAGCUUCUCUCGCAGCCGGAGCAGGUCCCUUUCUCGAGACCGGAGGAGAGAGAGAUCACUGUCUCGGGAGAGAAAUCACAAGCCGUCCCGCUCCUUCUCGAGGUCUCGUAGCCGAUCUAGGUCAAAUGAAAGAAAAUGAGAAGAUGGAGUUGCAGACGGAGUGUAGUGUGUACAGGAAAUGCAUCAUUUGACAGGAGUGUACAGACAAGUCACGUUGUAUUUGAGUCUUCAGAAGCCUUGACUUUAAUCCCGAAGACUGUUUGGUUUAUACAUUGUUUAAUUUGAAAGCCUGUUUUUCCCUGCAAAACUCAGAUCUGUAAGCUUGGUUACCAAGUCCAAGUAUAACAUUCCUAUUGGAAGCCAUACUUAUAUAUUUCCUUGUAAAGUGCUUUUGAAGUAAUAAAAUGUUAGCAUAAUGUGUAGACUAGUCAGUUGAAUCCACUACCACGGUUUUUGUCCAUGAAAGAUGGUUAUAUUAUUUUCUGGGAAACAUUGGGUUAAUCUUUGGAGUGAAUUUUAGUUGUCACCCAAAUGAUUUAGUAGUUAACUGUUUGGUAAAAAACAAUUCAGGGUCCACUAUAAAGUGAACCACCAUUAUUUCUAGGCAUUUAGUUACUUAGAGUACAUUGUAACCAAGUAAGUUGCCCAUUACAUCUCAGUUAGCAUGAAAACUUUUGUUUUUUUUUAAUGGCUUCAAUUCUGCAUAAUUUUGAGGUGUUGCAUGGAAAUUCUGAACUAAUCCAUCAUGAUGUAAAUUUUCACAUGGUUCAAAUGUAAAAGUGAAGAAACGAAUAGUAUGGAGGCAUGCAUAAUCUUCCUCUUAAGAUUUAGGAACUGUAAUCACAUUUGUGUGCUAUUAGAUUAAAUCAAAAUGCAACAGU